AUGCAGUCUGCUGUGGAAGAUGGUUCUCCCUGGGCAGAGGACUGGGAUUCUGUCCACGGCCCUCCCUACAUCAUGACUGCCCAGUGGCUGAAGGUCAUCGGGGACCGUCAGCAGGAGCCUGAGAGGCCACAUUCUGGAGGCCUGUAUGAUGGGCACCUGACCAGUUUCCAGCUGAAAUCUUUGAGCUUUCUCAAGUCACUGAAGCUGGACCAGCAGAAGCAGGAGCAAGCACUGGCCCUUCUGCAGCAGCAAGCCGAGCAGGAGGUGUGGGAGACACAGAUGUUACUGGAUGAACUUCUCUUCAAACACCAGCUGAAGAGGCGGAUGGAGAAACCCUCAGCCCAGCAGGGGCCAGAAGAGACUGCAAAACGGAAAGAGCGGCAGACGUGUGGUGGCCCAGAGCCGAGCACAUUCUCUCUCCAUACAAUGAAAACCAGAUCCAACUCACCACUCCCCCUAUACAGAGACAGCCCUGAAUCCCCGAAGCAGCGUGAGGAAGCGAAGGCAGUUUUUGCAGAGCCAGUGCAGCAGAACACAAGCCCUUCCCUGUUGGUUCUAGCCGAGUUCCACCCUUCAGACAGACCUACCUACCAGUGGAACAUAGCGAGGUCAGAGCCAGAAACAGAAGUGUCCAGAGCCUCCCACCGCUUCACUAUUGCAAUGCUGGAGCAGAGUCUGAGAGAUGAGGAGCUCCGUGCACAGUACCAGACUGCGGUGCUAAGACUGCGUGAGCUGGCCCUGGAAGAAAAGACCCGUGCGGAGCUGGCCUGCCUAGAGCAUCAGAUGGGGUGCCUGGGUAAUGUGGGACGUGAAGCAGCACGGGCUGCUCUGUGUGAAAAGCAGCAGCAAACCUUCAGCAGACUGGAGAAGGAACGGAGGGAAAUCCAGUACCUGAGGAAGGUGUACUUGUCCCUGCACCAUGGUAGGAAGCAGCUCCUGCAGCAUCAGCAGUCUAUCCUCAAUGGGCAGAGGUCUAUGGCCCACUUGCAACAGGAGCUCCAGGUUCGAGCCCAGCUGCUGAAGAGUUGCAGCCCCAGAGUCAAGACCACCUGGAAGGAGGUCUCCAAGACAAGUCAGAAAAUGGAGGGGCACAGGUCUGGAAGUCCCCAAAGCCACCCCCGUCAGGAAAUCUCUGAGAAUUCGGAAAGAAGUACACACCUUUCCUCUGGGCAGAAGGAAGGGACAUCUCCCCAGACACCUUCAGUUGCAGAUGAGUCCCUGCAGCUUCUCAGACUGAACCACACAGAUGUCACACCUGGGACCAGAACCCCAUCCGUGGAGAGUGGACAUCAUAGCCAAGGGCCUGGGAAACACCCUUGUGUCUUUCUCCCUGGUCUGCUGCACCUGAGCUCUCUGGACCCUGGACAUCAGAAAAACCCAACUGUUCCUGCCACCAAGAAAGACGGCAGCUCAGCCCCUCAGCCAAAGCCACAGGAGGCCAAAGAACCACCUCCCCCAGGAGACCUACAGACCAAGUCCAGUGCAGCCUGGGCAGUGGAGAGGCCCUUGGCUACUACAGACAGCCAUGCUUGGAGCCUGCACAGACAGUGUGGGCAGUCCUUAAGUGGAGAUGGUCCUUGUCCCCAGGAAGCCAGGCAGGUGGCUGGAAAAAGAACAAGCCAAGUGCUGGAUGUUUCCAGAAGCUCUGAGGAAGAAUUGCAGGAAGAGGCACACUGGCAGUCAGAGCAGCGAAGGGGUGGAACGUGGGCAAGUAUCAAAAUUGUUGAUACUCAGUGA